AUGGGUCCUUCCCUUUCAACUGGCUUGUGGUGGCCUGGAGAAGCCCUGUCCAAGUUUUCAGGUUCUGGAGAAGACUCGCCCACAGAGUCACGGGCGCUCGGGCUGUCCCGCGUCUCACGCAGCACGGUCGGGGAGAUCCGCUGGCUGCGGACCCUGGGGGCAGCACGCGUCCCCUCACUGCGCGCCGCCAGCCUUCGGAUCGCCCGGCGCAGCGACCCCAAUCCAGAGCGCGUCCCGAGCCCUCUGGGGUCCCCUCUCCUCAGAGCGCUGUCCCAAGCCCUCUCGGGGUCCCCUCUCUUCAGACCCCCUGCCCCAACCCUCUGGGGUCCCCCCUCCUCAGAGCGCGUCCCGAGCCCUCUGGGGUCCCCCCUCCUCAGAGCGCUGUCCCAAGCCCUCUCGGGGUCCCCUCUCUUCAGACCCCCUGCCCCAACCCUCUGGGGUCCCCUCUCUUCAGACCCCCUGCCCCAACCCUCUGGGGUCCCCCUUCCUCAGAGCGCGUCCCGAGCCCUCUGGGGUCCCCCCUCCUCAGAGCGCUGUCCCAAGCCCUCUCGGGGUCCCCUCUCUUCAGACCCCCUGCCCCAACCCUCUGGGGUCCCCCUCCUCAGAGCGCGUCCCGAGCCCUCUGGGGUCCCCCCUCCUCAGAGCGCUGUCCCAAGCCCUCUCGGGGUCCCCUCUCUUCAGACCCCCUGCCCCAACCCUCUGGGGUCCCCUCCCCUCAGGGCGCUGUCCCGAGCCCUCUGGGGUCCCCCCUCCUCAGAGCGCGUCCCGAGCCCUCUCGCGUUUCCCGCUCAGACCCGCUACCUCAGCAGCUCUCGGGGUCUCCUCUCCCCAGUCCCGACAAACCCUCUCCCGAACUCCCGCCGCUCGAGUCCUCCCGGACCUCACUCCGCCCAGGGUCCCCUUGCCUCGGCUCACUCUGUCACCGUCCCGCGCCCCAGUGCUCUCACCUCAGACCUGCUGUCACCACCCCCGGGCCCGGCGUCGCCGCCGCCUCCGCCGCUUCCUCUCCCACACUUGUUCCCGAGUCGCUCUUCUGCCGCUGGUCCCCCGGAGGAUGCCCGGGUCGGGUCGUUGAGUGCCGGGUCCGGCCACGCAGAGCCUCCGCCCGCGGUCUCGGGGUCGGGUCCCACUCUUUCAGGCAGGACCCCGCCGCCGUCGCCGCCGGGCGCCACACGGACCCUCCCGCAGCCGCCGCUGCUGCUGUCCGAGGUGCGGCUCCUGCCAGGGGUGGCCAAUCGCACCCGACUGCGCCGAGCGCGCUCCGCCCCACGGUCUCAGUUCGCCCGCCCCCUGCCCCCGACCACGCCCCCAGCUCGGCUCCAAUAG